AUGGAAAAUAUUGCUCUUUCGGAUUCUAAUGAUGAUUUAAGCAAUGAAAUUAUUGGAGAUAGUAGUCAAUUUCGACCACCUCCUGGGAUGUUUGCUGAACAACAACAUGUUGCAUCGGAAUUACAAGAUGCUGCUAAUACUGACGUAACUAGAGCACCAUUUAUUAGUUCGGCAAAUACUCCAUUUAAACCUCUUUUUCCAGCACCAAAUAAUUUAACACAAGUUCCAUCCGGUGGUUCUCCAUUAUUAUUUCAACAAAAAUCAAAUAAUAUUCCUAGUUUAAAUCCACUUCUUCAACCACUAACAUCAGUUCCAAAUUUAUCAUCACCAUUAAUUCAACCUUCGUUUCGUCCACCAACAGCUCCAACUGGAUUUCAACCACCACCAUCACUAAUUUCAUCGGCAUUCACACCAUUGAAUCCUGCUAAUAAUCAACAGUCAUCAUCAUUAAUUCAACCUAAAUUAACAAUUGGUAGUCAACAAAGUUCAUUUAUAUCACCUGUUGAAUAUCCAACACCAAGAUUUCCUACAACACAAGGUUUAGAAACAACAAAUAUGCCACCACCAUCGAUACUGUCACCUCCAACACAAGAUUUUCCCAAUACUCAACAUGAUACACAACUGAUACCUCCUCCUAUGAAAGAUAUGCAUCCACCAAUACCUCCACCUCCACAUCAAGUCAACACUUCAACAGCAACAAAUCCUUAUUCUGCUCGUGCUUCAUUAAGUGAACGUAUUUAUCCAAGUAUGCCAACUUCACAAGCUCCACUUCAACCACUACAAUUACCUCCACCAGUUAGUUUUCAACAACAACAACAAUUUGUACCUCCACCAACUAACAAUAUGUUCAUUCCGCCACCACUACCACCAGCACCACCACUAGCUGUUGCUAGUUCGACUUUACCAAAUGUUUAUCCAGGAACUGAUACAAAUAUUUACACUCCAUCAUAUCAAACACCAGGUGAACCUAAUCCAACACCUUGGUCAAAUUAUCCAAUAUCAUCAGGAUAUGAUCAACAACAACAGCAGCAACAACAAGAUCCAUUAUCUGCCAAUCCAAGUGGUAUUUGGGGUUGGAUUAGUAAUAAUAAAAUGCUUGCUACUGUUGUCGAAAAAGCAAAGACUGGUAUCGAAACAGUUAUUACAACAGUCGAUCCUCAAAUGAAACAAUAUAUUCAACCAGGACAUGAAGUUCAUAUAGUAGUUACAUCAGCUAAAGAUGUUAAACUUACACCUGUACGAGAUGCAUUUACACAUGUAUUUGGUCGUGCAACAACUCAAGGCAUUGGUGUUCAAUCAAAUGUUGCUCCUCAACCCAUUGGUUUUGAAGCUGGUUUUAAAGGUGCUCAACAACGUAUCGAAAAUCUUCGUCGUCAAAAUGUUGUUCGACCUGAUCAAUGUAUUGUUUCAAUUGAAAAUUUUAUUGCUGAACUUGUUCCCGAUAUGUAUUUUGAUCUUGGUUAUGUUCUUUUAUCUGAUCCAUUAAAUUCAAUUGAAUUACAUCUAUUUACUCAAGCGAUACCUGUACCUAUUGAAUAUGUUUAUCAAGCUCGUGAUCGUACACCAGCUGAUUAUCCAUUAAAAUGGAGUGGUUACAUGGUAACGAUUGGUGAAAUUCUUCAUUCUCAAAUUCCAUUUAUUAAUCCGGAAGAUUGGCAUGAAACAAUGAGUGGAACAUCAAGAAGAGAUAUUAUAUAUGCAACAUGUAAAUCUCUUGCAUAUAUGUAUAAACAAAGACUUAAUCGAAAACAAUAA